AUGUACUCUGAGUGGAGGUCGCUGCAUUUGGUGAUUCAGAAUGAUCAGGGCCAUACCAGUGUGCUGCACAGCUAUCCGGAGAGCGUUGGGCGAGAGGUGGCAAACGCAGUCGUCCGUCCCCUUGGGCAGGCCUUAGGGACUCCAUCAGUGACUGGUAGUGAGUGUUUGUUAAAAACUGACAAAGAAGUAAAAUGGACCAUGGAAGUAAUUUGCUAUGGACUGACCCUUCCAUUGGAUGGAGAGACUGUAAAAUAUUGUGUUGAUGUAUAUACAGAUUGGAUUAUGGCUUUAGUGUUGCCGAAAGAUUCUAUUCCAUUGCCAGUUAUUAAAGAGCCUAAUCUUUAUGUCCAAAAUAUACUAAAACACCUGCAAAAUCUUUUUGUACCAAGGCAGGAACAGUGUUCCAGUCAAAUCCGACUAUGCUUACAUGUCCUUCGAGCCAUCCAGAAACUGGCCCGUGAGUCAUCCAUCAUGGCCCGAGAAACCUGGGAAGUCUUACUGUUGUUUCUUCUGCAGAUUAAUGACAUACUUCUGGCUCCACCAACUAUUCAAGGUGGUAUUGCUGAGAAUCUAGCAGAGAAGUUGAUUGGUGUUCUCUUUGAGGUUUGGUUGCUAGCUUGUACUCGGUGCUUCCCAACACCUCCUUACUGGAAAACAGCCAAGGAGAUGGUGGCUAACUGGAGGCACCAUCCAGCAGUGGUGGAGCAGUGGAGCAAGGUCAUCUGUGCCCUCACCUCAAGAUUGCUGCGCUUUACAUAUGGUCCUUCAUUUCCUCCAUUUAAAGUUCCUGAUGAGGAUGCCAGUCUGAUUCCUCCUGAAAUGGAUAAUGAGUGUGUUGCACAGACAUGGUUUCGCUUUUUGCAUAUGUUAAGUCAGGAACAGUUCCUGAAUGUGAGCGGAAUGCCGCAAGAAUUGAAUCAGUAUCCCUGCCUUAAACAUCUGCCUCAAAUAUUUUUUCGUGCCAUGCGUGGAAUCAGCUGUCUAGUGGAUGCAUUCUUAGGCAUUUCUAGACCCCGAUCAGAUAGUGCUCCCCCAACACCUGUGAAUAGAUUAAGUAUGCCUCAAAGCACUGCUGUCAGUACCACCCCACCACAUAACCGGAGGCACCGCACUGCUGCCGUGAAUAAGGCCACCAUGAAGACAAGCACGGUUAGUACUGCUCAUGCCUCAAAAGUUCAGCACCAGACAUCCUCCACCUCUCCUCUGUCAAGUCCAAAUCAGACCAGUUCAGAGCCCCGGCCACUGCCUGCCCCUCGGAGACCAAAGGUUAACAGCAUCUUGAAUCUCUUUGGAUCAUGGUUAUUUGAUGCAGCAUUUGUUCACUGUAAACUUCAUAAUGAGAUAAACAGAGACAGCAGCAUGACUGCCAUUACAACACAAGCUAGCAUGGAGUUUCGACGGAAAGGGUCACAAAUGUCCACAGACACCAUGGUUUCCAAUCCUAUGUUUGAUGCAAGUGAUUUUCCUGAUAACUAUGAAGCAGGAAGAGCUGAGGCUUGUGGGACACUGUGUAGGAUUUUUUGUAGCAAGAAGACUGGAGAAGAGAUUCUGCCAGCUUAUUUAUCCAGAUUUUACAUGCUUUUAAUUCAAGGUUUGCAGAUAAAUGAUUACGUGUGCCACCCUGUCUUGGCCAGCGUUAUUCUAAACUCCCCUCCUUUGUUCUGCUGUGACUUGAAAGGGAUUGAUGUUGUGGUUCCUUACUUUAUUUCAGCUCUUGAAACCAUUUUGCCUGACAGAGAACUCUCAAAAUUCAAAAGCUAUGUAAACCCAACAGAAUUGAGACGAUCUUCCAUUAAUAUCCUACUUUCUUUGUUGCCCCUUCCUCAUCAUUUUGGCACAGUAAAAUCUGAGGUGGUCCUGGAAGGAAAGUUUAGUAAUGAUGACAGUUCUUCAUAUGAUAAACCAAUAACUUUUCUGUCCCUGAAGUUGAGACUUGUGAAUAUACUAAUAGGUGCCUUGCAAACGGAAACAGAUCCCAACAACACUCAAAUGAUCUUAGGAGCAAUGUUAAAUAUUGUUCAAGAUUCAGCACUUUUAGAAGCCAUUGGUUGCCAAAUGGAAAUGGGUGGUGGAGAAAAUAAUCUGAAGAGUCAUAGUCGCACUAAUAGUGGUAUUAGUUCAGCAAGUGGUGGAAGCACAGAGCCCACAACUCCUGAUAGUGAAAGACCUGCUCAAGCACUCCUAAGGGAUUAUGCUCUUAACACAGAUUCGGCUGCUGGACUCCUGAUUCGCAGCAUUCACCUCGUCACGCAAAGGCUCAACUCCCAGUGGCGGCAGGACAUGAGCAUCUCGCUGGCAGCUCUCGAGCUCCUCUCUGGUCUGGCAAAGGUUAAGGUGCUGGUUGACUCAGGAGACCGGAAGCGAGCCAUCAGUUCCGUGUGCAGCUACAUCGUAUACCAGUGUAGUCGGCCGGCUCCUCUUCAUUCUCGGGAUCUGCACUCCAUGAUAGUGGCAGCGUUUCAGUGUCUCUGCGUCUGGCUGACAGAGCACCCAGAUAUGCUUGAUGAAAAGGACUGCCUUAAGGAAGUACUGGAGAUUGUGGAACUGGGUAUCUCAGGAAGUAAGUCCAAAAAUAGUGAGCAAGAGGUCAAGUACAAAGGAGAUAAGGAGCCAAACCCUGCAUCGAUGAGGGUAAAAGAUGCUGCUGAAGCCACCCUAACAUGUAUCAUGCAGUUGCUUGGCGCAUUUCCUUCACCCAGUGGUCCUGCCUCUCCUUGUAGUCUGGUGAAUGAGACCACGUUGAUUAAAUAUUCCAGAUUGCCCACCAUAAACAAGCAUAGUUUCCGGUACUUUGUCUUGGAUAACAUUGUCAUCCUGGCAAUGCUGGAGCAACCUCUUGGAAAUGAAGAGAAUGAUUUUUUCCCUUCUGUCACUGUCCUGGUCCGGGGAACAUCUGGAAGACUUGCUUGGGCACAACAGCUCUGCCUUUUACCCAGAGGAGCAAAAGCAAAUCAGAAGCUUUUUGUGCCUGAACCUCGUCCAGUUCCUAAAAAUGAUGUUGGAUUUAAAUAUACUGUGAAACAUCGACCAUUUCCUGAAGAGGUAGACAAGAUUCCUUUUGUGAAAGCAGAUUUGAGCAUUCCAGAUUUGCAUGAGAUCGUCACUGAAGAAUUAGAAGAGAGACAUGAAAAAUUACGGAAUGGAAUGGCUCAGCAGAUUGCAUAUGAAAUGCACCUUGAACAACAGAGUGAGGAAGAGCUAAGGAAGAAAAGUUUUCCUGAUCCAAUUACAGACUGUAAGCCCCCACCUCCUGCCCAGGAAUUCCAAACAGCACGCCUUUUCCUUUCACACUUUGGAUUUUUGUCGUUAGAAGCAUUGAAGGAACCUGCAAAUAGUCGUCUACCUCCUCACCUUAUUGCCCUUGACUCCACGAUACCUGGGUUUUUUGAUGACAUUGGGUAUCUGGAUCUCUUGCCAUGUCGUCCCUUUGACACAGUUUUUAUUUUCUAUAUGAAGCCAGGUCAGAAGACAAACCAAGAGAUUUUAAAGAACGUGGAGUCUUCCAGAACUGUUCAGCCACAUUUCUUAGAAUUUUUGCUAUCCCUUGGCUGGUCAGUAGAUGUGGGCAGACACCCUGGCUGGACUGGCCAUGUUUCCACGAGUUGGUCUAUUAACAGUUGUGACGAUGGUGAAGGAUCUGAACAAGAUGAAGUCAUUUCCUCUGAAGAUGUUGGGGCUAGCAUCUUCAAUGGACAGAAGAAGGUGCUGUAUUAUGCCGAUGCCCUGACGGAAAUAGCUUUUGUGGUUCCUUCUCCUGUGGAGUCUUUAACUGAUUCAGUAGAAAGUAACAUCUCGGACCAAGAUAGUGAUUCAAAUAUGGAUCUUAUGCCAGGAAUUCUAAAACAGCCCUCCCUGACACUUGAGCUUUUCCCCAAUCAUACAGACAAUCUUAAUUCCUCACAGAGGCUCAGUCCCAGUUCCAGAAUGAAGAAGCUGCCUCAGGGUCGCCCUGUACCUCCCCUAGGACCUGAGACCAGAGUUUCCAUAGUCUGGGUGGAGCGCUAUGAUGACAUAGAAAACUUUCCCCUCUCAGACCUGAUGACAGAGAUCAGUACUGGUGUGGAAACUACUGCCAACAGUAGCACUUCGCUGAGAUCAACCACUCUGGAAAAAGAAGUUCCAGUCAUCUUCAUCCACCCUUUAAAUACUGGCUUAUUUCGGAUAAAAAUUCAAGGAGCCACUGGAAAAUUUAACGUGGUCAUCCCUCUUGUGGAUGGGAUGAUAGUCAGCAGACGAGCACUGGGGUUCCUGGUAAGACAGACUGUAAUUAAUAUUUGUAGAAGAAAGAGAUUGGAGAGUGAUUCCUACAGUCCACCACAUGUGCGCCGGAAACAGAAAAUCGCCGACAUUGUCAACAAGUACCGGAACAAGCAGUUGGAGCCAGAGUUUUAUACUUCACUUUUCCAGGAGGUUGGACUAAAGAACUGUGGUUCUUAGACCACUGUUUGAAGACUAUUUCACUCCAAUUCGGGAGCUAUAAUAUCAAAGCAAAAGUACUUGACAGGUGAUCACUGUAAAAAUAAAAACAAAUCACUCUCUAAGAGCUUACUGUUUAAUCACC